AUGAAUCUUAAAACAGAACUUUAUCAAUUGGCUCAAUCGAAUAUUAUUCCUUUACCGAAUGAACCGGAUUUUGCAACAUGUGAUGAUACAUUAACUCGAUUUCUUGUGGCAAGAAAUUAUGUUGUUGAAGAUGCUUUUAAACAAUUGAAAACAGCUGUAGAAUGGCGUCGAGAAUAUCAACCAUUGACAAUUCAAUGUAAAUGGUGUCAUGAAACACCAGGAUUUCAUUCAGUUCGACAAGUUGGGUUCGAUCGUGAAGGUAGACCAUUGAUGUAUGCAUGCUUUGCUCAAUGUCAAACAUUGAAAAGUAAUCCAGACGAUGUUGUUUGCCAUAUGGUUUAUCUUAUUGAACAUGCAAAACGAAGUAUACAAACCUCAGUGAAUACAUUGGAAUUUAUUAUUGAUUGUACAGGUUUAACUGUUGCUUGUUGUAAUCCGAAAAUCGGUAAGAAGUUUGUACAAACAUUUGCUGAUUGUUAUCCAGAAACUUUAUAUAAAUUUAUAUUAAUUAAUCAUGGUACAUUUUUUCAUGGUAUAUGGAAAGCAAUUAAAGUUUUCAUUGAUCCAAAUACAGCGAAAAAAGUGAAAUUAAUUCAAAAUCAAUUGAGAUUUUGGGAAUCCCCACAUUCAUAUGAAUUACAUGAUCCACGUGGUACACAUGAAUAUAUUCAACGUUGUAUAGAACCAUUAAAAUUAUUCAUUGAACAACAACAACAACAACGACAGCAACCACAGCAACAACAGCAACCACAGCAACGACAGCAACAAUCUAAUCAAAAAUCAAUUAUAUUAACAUAUGAUAAUUUAGGUUUAAAAACUCAUAUGCCACAUACAAAUAUUAUGGAUUGUUUAAAUAAAACAUUAAAACAAGUUAAAAUUCAAUCAUUCUAUAAUGGUAAAUAUAUUAAACCAAAUAAAGAAGAAUUACAAGCAUAUGGAGUUGAUAUCAAUGAUAAUCUAUCUGAAAUUAGUGGACGAUCUGAAGAAUAA